AUGAAAGUCAUUCUCAUUGUCGCGGUGGUCGCGCUGAUUCACAGCAGCUUUGGUAACUAUAUACUUUUUCUUCAAUGGACUCUUUUACAGUCUCUCCAAAACAUUUAAUUUUAAUGCUUCUCUGUUAUGAGCUAUUGGUUUAAUAUUCGAGUCUGGCUCUGCUCUUUUUUUUCUCCACAAAUAUAUUCAUGCUGUGGCAGUCCCUAGGUUUUGUGAGUGUGUGUUUUUGUGUGUGCACGCCGCUCAGUUGUCUGUUUUUCCUGCUUGUUUUUGAGUUUUUCUGUCCUCUAGAGAAAAGGCUUUAGUUUCUCUUCUGUCACACUGAUGGGUUUCCCCUGAGACUAGGGCCAGAUCAGGAAAUGAUGUGGGGAUUAUCAAGGGACUGUGAGAAAAACAAUUAAACAUUUUAUCUACCAACUGUAUAUGGAUAUAUAUCCAUGUAAAAUCCAUCUUUUUACCAUAAAACAAGUAUUUUACACUCUUUGUGUUUGUCGGUGAGUCCUGCCUUUAGCGACAGAAAAACUAUCUCUGUUAUCACACUGUGACUAAAGUGGAGGAACCUGUUGUGGUCAUGUGGUCACUGCAAGCGAGAUUGGCAGAUUUCCAGCUAAAACCAGAAACAAAUGUCAGGAAAAGGAGGAGGUUGUUUGUAUGUUUUGCCCAGAAGUGCAGCACAAUUCGCUCAGUUCAGGUCAUCACGCUUCUUACCCCCGGGCCCCGCUGCCUAUUCAUGCUGUGAUCAAUAACCUGCAUCUCUAAUCUCUGUCCACAUGCAGCCACUUUGCUCAUUAAAGGGCCGACCGAGCCGGUCCUGGAGGGAGAGAGGAUCACACUGGAGUGUCUGCUCUCGGACUCGGAGCUGAACAUCAGCCAGGUCCACUUUGAGGUCUUCUCCAAGGUGAGCCACCAGGGGAAGAAACACAUGUAGUCUGACAGAAGAGGAAAUGGAGGGAAAAAGAGUCCACCUCAGGAACUCAGUGUCAUGUCGAUAUUAUCUGGGUUUUCUUGUGACGCAGCAGAGGAACAUAGGCUAGUGUAUUCCCUCUGUAGCUGUGGAAGUUGUUGAAAUAUGAAUGUUUAGUAUUCAUUUGAUAUUUUUAGUAGCUCUAAAAGAUUAAUCAUGUCAUAAUCCUCCUUUUUAGAAACAGGCUCACACUCUACAUAAUAAUGUUGCUUUUGUAGCUUGUCAUAAAAUUCACAGCCUGGACUAAUAUUUACAGAGAGUUGUCAACCGCUCUAUGCAAAUGUCAGAUCACGUAGCUCACUGCUGUGUUGUUCAGCCCGACGGAAAACUAACACAUGUAAUGCAAUCCACUAGAAUGCUGUGAAAAUACGCAUUUAUCCACAACAGUGAUUGAGAAUUUUUCCGGCUUUUCUUUUUUUUUCAGUACAUGCAGGGCUGGCGUCAACUCUGGGAGCGAUCCUGGUGCUACUACUCGAUGCAAGUGGAGCAGACUGUAGACCGUCUCGUCCUGUCCAUUCCCCGCGCUGGUAGAUACUACGAGGGGCCCUACCGCUGUGCAUCUGAUGCUGAAAAUGUGACUGCGCAAGACAAAUUCUCCUCGCCACUGGCCUUCAAAGUGCAUUGUGAGUUUCUGGGUUGAUAUGGGGUAGGAGCUGUCUGGUGAAAGUCUGUGGAACAAUGGCUCCGUGACAUUUUUUUCCCCCUUUUUAUGACAAAUAAAGAAAUCUCAGAUUUUUCAUGCAGUCUGUGCCCUGCAGAUGCCAAAGAAAGUUCUGCGGGGAUGUGGCACUAUUUAGUCAAAGACAUGACUUGCAAAUCAGACAUCCAGCCUCUGAGUUCUGCUUUCCGGUAGUGACAUUGUUAUACAGAUGCGACUACAAAGAAGGAAGUAAAAAAGCCCCGAAAAGUACAUAGGUAUAUAGGUCAGCUAUUCCCAAAUCUAAGUGCUGCGGCUUACUUUGAAAUCCAAAAAAGUAUUCUGCUGGUCACCCAGACAACACCAGAGACAGAGACAGAGAAAAAGUACUCCGCAGUAUUUUCUAAGUUCAUAAAAAACAACAAACUUUGUGUGAAACAGCAAAAUGAGAUUAAAAGUGUUGUUAAAAUGUAUAUAUUUAUGUUUCGUCUGUGUAAAAGCUCCUGUUUCUGCUCCACAUCGAAGUCCGUAAGGGAACUGAUCAAUGUAAUAAGACAUAACAAGGAUAGUGUAAAACUUGGCAAUUUUUCUUCUUUCUCCAGGCAGCAGGAGGUAAAGACAAUCUUUCAGACACAGUGCGGACAACACUUUGUUCCCAGUGAAGGAGAGAAAAACAUAUGAAUAGUUAAUACCGCAAGAUAUAGCUGAGCCGAACAGCUGUUCAACAAAACAAGUGCAAAAAAAGUCCAGAUUCUGUGCACACUCACACUGUGAUAGGCAUGCUAGCUUGACUAUAGUUAUUUGACUUUUUUCUCCGACCAAACAAAGACACAUUCUCCUGGUACGGCUCUCAAGUUUGGAACAAUCAUUGUAGGAUACACAGUCGAAUGAAACAGCAUCCGUGGCGUGGCAAGUUAGAUUAUCAGUGUCCUCUAUCUUCUCAGUGGCCAUCAAAUCGACCGCGAUGCCGUUUGAUAGGCUCCUCAGCCUCAUGGGGGGAAUCAAUAAGUGGCAGAGAUUAGAAUGGACUAGAGGACUGAAGGAGACAGAGAGGGAGAGAGGAGCCAGGAGGAGCUGGAUGGACGUGGGCCAUCUAUUGAGAUGGAAGAGAAAAUGAGCCAUUAUUCACAACACUGCCUCUCUAAAGACUCCGAUAAGAUGAAGCCUAUUAUCAUUAUUAUUGAUCGCUAGGACAGUCUGUACCACUGGGAGGCAUUAUACCGGAGCCUUAUACACUCAGAUAUACUCAAAGAUCUGGAUGUUUACCAGCUGCUACUGCUGCAAACAUAUGUUCAGUCACGUCCCAGAACUCUUCACGAAGUAGGAACAGCUCACGUCCAUUUCUGUCUUCAUUAAUGCUCCAUCAUGCCUUAUAAUCCCGGCUGUUUUUUUUUCUUCUCUUUUUUCAGACAUGGGGGAGCUAUCACUGUCCAGGGUGGGAUACAGCAGCUUCUUCGGGAUGUCAGAGGAGCUGAAGGUGCAGCUCGGGGAUGAUGUGGCGGUGCAGUGCUCUGCCAGCUCGUCCGAGGAGCCAAAGUACUUCUGGAAUAAAGACGUGAGAAAGCCUGCACGCGGUGGCAGUGUCCUCAUUAUGCUGUGGAAACUUGUCAUCCUCUGUACCUCUUUGAUGUGACCUCCUUAUGUUUUUUAUGUCCUCCUCUAGUCCCUUCAGGUCACUUCUUUGCUUAAUUUUCACUGCUUUCCUACUGACUUUCUCGAACUACUUGUUUCCACACUCCCUGUCGUCUUUUCAUCCCUUCUUCUGAAGAAGUGCUCUGUAUGUAAGUGACCGGUCGGCUUAGGCCCACCGCUCGCUAGGGGAUUGCAGCUUGCCCACUUACAAAGGAUUAAUAGUUUAAUGAGGUCUAGACAAGAGCCAGUCAACCUGAAAACAAUUAUGCGGAUAGAUUUCUAAUGAUUUUUUCAGUGUUUGGUUAACCACUAUUGAAUUAUUCAACUGGGCUCGCCGCUGAGGGGAGGAACCCUCGCCCGGGGGGAAAUUAAGACGUCUCAAUGUAAUACGCAAUAGUGCCAAAAGGCAUGUAGAAGAAGAUGGUGGUGAUGAGUUGGGAGAUAUACUGUGCCCUUGUGGUGAGAAGAUGGUAUUACACUCUCACAGUGGUCUGCCACCACCAAUAACAGGUGUAAUGAAGCCGCAGCAUGCGACAAUGAAGAUAUCUUGGGAACAGGCUAACAUAAUUGCAAAGUUUUCUCUUUUGUUAUUCCUCCAGAUAAGUCGGCUCGGGGUUAAUGUGCUUGUUAAAGGGUCACUGCUAAUCCGGGUUAUAAAUUGGCUUACAAAUUCAAAUCCAAUUCAGUGGAAAUUUUACACUGUUAAUACUGUUUGUCCUCUGCAUGAUCAUAUGGGGCUUAUGGUUUUUGUCCUCAUUUGCCAGAUAUAGAGGACUGUCCUUCUGAUGAAGAGUAGUUAUGAAUGCCAGGCUGAGUGACAGAGCUAUCACCGUAUGGAGAUGAAGAUGGAAUCAGUUUGCGCUGGAGGUUCAGCUAUUUAUGCGCUGUUUGCAUAAGUCACAAACUGAUUGGAAAAACGGACCGAGACAAUCAAAGAGAUGAUGAGAUGGGUGGAAUGAUUGUCCACCUGUGAGUGUGGGGAAACUGUAUGUAUGACAGGAAUAGAUAUGGGGGCAGAAAGUGGCAUCAGUACGUCCCAUUUGACAGACAGCCGCCGCGGGCACAUUGGCCCCUGGGUAAUGACAGCAGGACAGAGGCAGAAACGGGCCACUGCAUUGGGUGCCAGUGGAUUUGCAUACAAAAUGCUGCUUUGGCCAGACCUGGCCUUUAUGGGAAAUCCUCUUAAUUCAGAUCCAUUCAAAUUGAAAUGGACUUUCUUGGCAGGAGCUGCAGCUCCCAGGAGCCAAAUCAUUUGCAUGGUGUAAUGCCUUUUUUUUUGUUCCUUUUUUUUUUGUUACCCCGUCCUUCACGUUCAUUUGUUUUCCAAUCCUUGUGUUUGGCCUAUUAUUUGUUUCCUUCCAUGUCGGGCUCUAUCUCGUAAUGGUGCUGCUAUUUUUGUGUCAACAAUUCAUCGUGCUCCCUUGCCAUCUCAUUAUGGGUUGUGUUAACAGCGUGUGUUGUGGCGUCAUUCUUUGCGGAUGAUGGUGUUCUCUGGGUUAUUGACUUGUGCCGAUGUGUGUUCAUUUGUUUGGGAUUACCGCUCAGGUAAAUACACUUCAUUUGGGACUUUAGGGACGGUUCUCUGAGGCCUGAAAACAAGAAGAUAUUUUUGUCUGUUUGCGUCCCACUGCUGAUGCCAGUUGCCAUGUUUCUCCCUGUUUUCGUUCUCUUAUAUGUCCCUCUUUCCCCCCCGAAAACACAACACUUUCUGCCCAUUUUCUUUCUAUUUCUGUCUGACUGUUAUUGUACCUGACAGUCUCUGCGUUCAUCUCUCGUCUUCCAGCAUCAUCUCCUGUCUGUCUCUCCUGGAGUUUCAGCUCAGCACUAUUUUAAUUUUUAGGAGUUUGUCAAUACUCUUAGGGCUGCGAACAGUACGGCCAAUAAAAUAUUUUUAUACUUUCCACCCUGCUCAGUUCUCUCUCCUGAGCUCUCCUGCAUUUGUUCACCAGUUCAAUAUAAAGGGACAGAUUGAACGUUAAUGCACAUCUCUGUAUCUGUGCCUAUUUGUUUUUGUGGGCCUCCCUGGGCAGAUGGAAACACAGAUACCAAAUACUUGUUAAGUAUGAGCAACAACCAGUAGUAACGCCAUUAGGAGCACUUCAUGAGCUACAAAGAGACCAUAAACACGGUCAUCUGAAUUAGUUUCACAGUUUACACACAGUAAAGUGUCUCCAAGCCAGAUUUUUAAAUAAAGUAUGUUUCACUGUCUUUAUCUUUCUCCUCAAGGGUGACGAUUGGAUCCUCCCCUCCUCUAAGCUGACACUGAAGAAGGUGAGCGCAACAGAUGGGGGAAAGUACACCUGCGUGGCUGAGCAUCCCUCUGUGGAGUCGCUCAGCAAGAGCCGCACCAUCAACAUCAGCGUGCUGCCAGGUAAGAGGAACCAGCAGAUCGAAACAGAAAAGUUCAGUUAAAUUCAGAGAAAACUGGUUUGUGGUUUCCCUAUUACUGUCGGGACUUUUACUGUAAACAUCCCCUGAGCAAAAACAGAAAAACAGUAAAUAUUUUGUAUCACUUCCUCUUUAGUUACUUAGAAGUGACCACAAAUUACAGUGCGAUUACGUCAACAUGAACAAAUGCAGAAGUUCCUCCUCAUAAGUCUGGAUUUAAAACCCAGAGGAAGCAGCUCAGGGUUGAGGUUUCUGGGUCUGCGCAGACUGUGAUAUUGAAAUAAAAAAGAAGGGAAGACAUUUAAGAAAACACCUCGCAGGAAAAGGUGACAACAAUGUCCCACACGAAAUCAAGUGUAAAAUGUCAAAUGAAAAUAGGUGGGAUGAUCCCAGGGGACGUGAUACGUUUUAAAUAGCAGGAAUGAAUAACAAUGAUUGAACUGCAGCAACUUUAAAGGGUAAGAGGAUAAUUAUUAGAUCUAGGAGAGGCAAUGCUUUUACCUGACCUUAGAUUUUUUCUCCUUCGUUAUAAAUAUCAAGUCAAACCUAAGUGCACUUUAGAGCACAGAGACAGCGACUUAAGAGGAGUUAGAAAUAUUUGUUCUGCAUUAGAAAGAGACACUCGCAAGAUUGGUCACUGUGCGUUUCUUCAUUUGAUUAUAUUUGCACUUUUUAUAUUAUUUAGCUUUUUAAGAUGCACAGCAACUCAAGCGACUUUGUUCCACCGUCAAAAAGUAUACAGCACAUCAAAAUGCAUUAGUGAAGUUAGUGAUAGGACAGUGAUUUUUUGAUUAUUUAAAGUCUGUUGUUGUUGUUUCUUUGGAUAGAUGCACACACAGUGGCUGUCAAUCUGUAUGACUGACAAACUGUCUUAUUCCUCUUGAAACGUUAAGAUUGUAUUCAAGCGGAGGGCUAAUUUCAUUACAAUGUUAUAGCUAAUCCAAUUUACAGCACUUCAUCUGUCUUCAUCAUCUUUAUCAGUGACCUGUGAGAUGACUGUACUGUGUGAAUGCACCGCCGUUUUUAAACACCAUCCUCUCAAGCAGUCCGAUUCAUAAGCCUCGUGAUUUCAAUCAUUGAAAUUAUGCAACCUCUAAAAAUGCAAUUAAGCCAAUGCAUGUUAUUUAUUAUGGUAGAGCUAUCUUAUUACUGCUGCAAUUGACUCAUUGGUCACCGCGCUCCACAAUGUCUGCAGGAUUUCCUCGGGAGCACAUGUACUAAUUAAAAAGCUAAUAAUUUCAAGAUGCUGGGAUAAUGUUUGUUCAUCCUUGAAGGUAUGGGGAACAAAUGUUGCAUGUCAUUGCCACUGCUUUGAAGUUUGCUGUACAAUAAGGGAACAAAGCCUCAGCAAACAGUUUUAGUGUAAACCUGUGUGACUCAAGCUGCCAAGAAAUCCUCUUUACAUAUGGAAUGACUGGAUAUAUACAGACUAACCAGGUGAUUUUUGCCGCCUGGAGAAUCCUCACAACCGUAUUUUUUCAGGUGUUUGCCUCUGUCUCCAAAGGAAAGAGAAUUCUGUGGGAAAAAAAGAUAACCACAGAGUUUCUCAAGAAGAUCCAUGCUGUGUCCAGCAGCAGAGCUCUCUAAACUCCAGACAGACUCACACUCUUCUCGCACAAACAGGAUGUUGUCUAUCCAAGCUUCGCCUGCAGGCAGAGAGCUCAUAGUUUUACUGAUUUUAGAGUCUGUAAGAUGCAUGUUUUCCUUCAUGUCUGACUGAUCUGCCCCACAGCUGAUUCCCCCUGGUAUGCGUCCAGUAAUGGCCGACUCAUGUUGAUGACCUCAGCGGCUGCCGUGUCUCUCUUGGUGCUCAUCCUCUCCAUGAGUGUGUUCCUGUGCCGCAGGGCUAAACAGGCCAAGACCAGCAAGGGACCCAUGUAAGACCUGACUGUCUGUGUUUGUGUCUACAGUACCUUCUCCUUGUGUGUGAUUGUCAUAUUGAAUCAUAUACAGAAGCUGGACGUGUGUGAGCCUGUGUGAUUGUUUGAUUUCUUCACGGUGCUUCACCCACACUCACCUUUCUAUUUCCUUUACUCAGCCUCACUCCCUCUUCCUGCAGUUUGACUUUAUAUUAUGGAUAUGGUUAUUGCUGCAAUAUUUCAUUCUGUCUUGUGUGAUAGAACCAAGGCCAUUUCAGCUACAGUGUGGGGAUUUGAUUGUGCACCUUUUUGUGUACAUUUGACACGGUGCGUAUGUGUUUGGCAUGGCAAGUGCUCAUGCAGAAAACCAUUUCACAUGUGCAGAGUGGUGCUUGUGGGCUUUUAUGUGUCUGAAGGUGUUUUUUUAAACUGGGUAUUGAUGUAUAUCUCUGCAGGUAUGACCUACUUGACCCCCACCCUUGAUCUCGCUUCACGCUUCUUUAUUUCUUCCCACCAUGUGUGAAAAGCUCCAGCUAAUAGCAUCAGCUUUAAUUCAGUGGUGGUAUAUAAUGCAUAAAAAAGGCUACAUCAAUGAUAAGAGCAUUAGGAGAAGUCCCAUUAAAUGUGUAGCUGACAGUAUGUUAAUGUGAGCCAUGACCCCUUGCAGCUUGGCUUAUUAACUUCUUUCCCUCGUGGACUUGGAGGGAAAAAAAAUCAAAAGGAAGAUUUUUCAUAACAGCUAGCUUUACAUGUGAUUUCUAACUUUGAGGAGGGGGCUAAGAAAGAAGUGUUACCCACACACAUGUGGUUCGACAUGUGCUGCUAUAUGUGUAUGAAAAUAAAACAAGUGACAGAGAGCUGAUACACGUUCAUAUUAUCAGCCAAGUGUGGGUCUAUUGCUCAGGUCUAGUCCAUAAUUUCCUCGCUUAUAGUUUUCUCGUGCCUACUGGGAGGUCGAUAUACAGAUAAUCACGCUCCUCUGUCUUUCCUUCUCUCCCUCUCUCACAGUGAUGACCGCUCUCAGAAGAAACCCAUCUACAAAAGCAGUGUGGAGUCCCUACCCUCCAUCUCCGGAGACAAACAGCCCCUGGUGUAG